AUGCCCACCGACCGCAUCCACCGCAUCGUCUUCGUCGAAACCGACCACGUCGAGGCCGACAUUCGCGCCGCUUUUGCCCAGUGCGGGAACAUCACGCAGAUAUACCCCUGGAUCCGCCGCGCUGAGCAGCCCUCCCACGCCUAUUUCAUCGAAUUCGCAGACGACUCGUCUGUCAAGCGUGCCCGUGCACUGCAACUGCCACAUACCACUGUGCAUGUAGUCGCCUUUUCGCACACCCUCUGCACCCACUUUACCUCGCUCGCACCGUCGCCACCCACCGCACCCGCCCAGAUGCGCAAGCACGACGCCACCCCGCCGCUUGGUCCACGCAACACGGUUCCCCUUCCGCGUAGGCAACUCUCGCGUCCGCAUACACCCACCGCCCUUGCCUCCUCUCCCGCGCCUCCAUUCAGUGAGCCAAGGUCGGCUCUCGGAAAACGAAAGCUUGACCAGAGCACGGCGACGCAGCCUGAGUUUGUCCUCGGACCAUUACUGCAGGCAACGAGCAGCAAGCUCGGCGUAAGCCAGAAGAGCGAGGCGCUAGAGGAGCUCAUCCUCGCCGCAAGGGACGUUGGCGAAGACUCUGGUGAGUCGAGCGCUGCUUCUGAGUCGACAUCCGUGCCGACAUCUGUGCGCCGGCCCCGGCGCCGAGCAGGCAAGCGCGUCACUCAGCGGCGUAAUCGCGAGAGGGAUGCAGCAGCCAAAGCGAGUGCACUGUCCACAUCGUCGUUAUCAUCGCCAGGAUCUGUGCCCGGCAUGAAGAGCGAAGAGCAAGAUGCGGCAGUGAACUUGUUGCGGGAGCCGUCCGCUGGCGUGGCCGCUGCACCCGCCAUUGAGUUGGCGCCCGAGGGACCUUACCAGACAGAUAGCAAGCCACGCAUUGGAGGGACUAUACUCCGGAUCAACCAAACUAAUGGGAAAGAGCAUGGUAGCAAAACGUCCAAGCUUUCCGCAAGCGUCAUUGCAACGGACGACGACGACGGGGACUCUGGUGAGUCGCGCGCUCCUUCACCCGAGUCGACGUGCAUGCCGACAUCUAUGUCCCCUCUGCGCCGUCGUCCUCCGCGAGGAGGCAAGCGUCGCACGCAACAGCUCAGGAGGCAGGCCGCGGAAAGAAAGGCUGCAGCCGUGACGAACCCGGCGAAUGUAUCCGUGUCAUCGCAUUCAUCCACGUCCGUUCCAGGGCUGGUCCCUGACUUGAAGAUUAAAGGGUCAGACGCAGCUGUGAGCCUGCUGCAGAGGCUGUCCGAACGGGCAGCCGCCCCAGCGACAUCGACAGCGAACUCUGCGCCCGUCAUUACACUUACGUUCCACGGCUCGCCGCUUUCCGUUGCGCUCGACGCUCUCGACGCUGAUGCGGCCGGAAUCAUCGACGUGUUGCGCGUCACGGCAGGCAGCAUGCUCGAGCGUGAUAAAUGGAUGGUCGUCGCUGGCUGGUACCGCGGGCGUGGGCUCGUUCUCAGCGCGGUGCAAGUCGUGUCGGAGAUGAUCAACGUGAUGACGAGCUCGCCGGUAUCGCUGCCCGUGGCGGCGCUGCGGCCGGCAUACUUGAUGCUCGCGAGCUGUUACCGCGACCUCGUGGUGCGGACGCAAGGGCGCGAGGCAGAGGAGCAUGCGCGGCGUGCAGCCGAAUGCCUAAAACUGGUGUAUGGCGAGGUGCUCCCUCCAGUGGCAGCCCAGGUCUUAUCGAAGUGGGCAAGCGCGCCGGAGAGGCGGUCGAUGGAAGUAAGUGGGAUGCAGGCUAAGGACAGGAGAGAGGCGCUGGCUACGCAGGAAGUCUGCCCGCUGAUGGAUACAAGCAACGUGCGCCGACCCACCGGGAAUCGACGCGAACAGACGGCUUCCAAGAACGAGCGCGAGAACGUCUUGCCCCGGUCGCAAACGCACACGAUUGACAGUCGCGUACCGACCCUGGAGCGCGAGGUGCGUAUUCUGCGCGACCGCGCGGACGAGUCGCUUGCGGCGAAGCGCAGGCUAGAGGAUGAGCUCGGCACGGAGCGGACUGUGCGGCGCCGCGUCGAACGUGAGCUGGAGCAGGCGAAGCGCGGCGAGGCGUUUGCGCUCGCGCAGGCGCGCGCAGAGGUGGAGGCGCGGCGAGGCGCAGAACGGAGGGAGAGCGAGGCGAGGAGGGGAGAGGAGCGGGCAAGAAGGGAGGCAGAGGACACCAAGGAGGAGGCACGCCGCGCCGAGGAGGGUGCACGCCGUGCGAGGGUGGUGUGGGAGCGGAUGGGGGAGAUGUGUCUGCGGGCUGCGCGUGAAGGUGGGCUAGCAGCUGGUGGAGAGCAAGGAAAGGCACUUCCUGAGGCAGCAGGGGCGUAG